AUGGUGGAUUAUUACAAAGUCCUGGGACUGAAAAAUAGUGCCUCACAGGAUGAUGUUAAGAAAUCCUACCACGAACUGGCACGAAAAUGGCAUCCUGAUAAGAAUCCCAACAACAGGGAGGAAGCUGAAGAGAAAUUCAAAGCUGUCGCUGAGGCAUACAAGGUUCUGUCUAACCCUCAGAAACGAUCGCUCUAUGAUGAGUCUGUUAAGGAGAGCAGAUCCCCCAGAGCAAGAGGUACCACAGCCUUUGGAGGGCUGAAUCCCUUUGCACAUGAUUUCUGGGACCCCUUUGAUAACCUGAGAUACAACGAAGAAAAUGGGCAUGGGGAAAAUGGAAGAGGAAGAAUGUCCAACCUGUUUUCUGAUUUUAUGGAGUCAUUUAUGCAACUGAAUCCAUUCAGCACCAGCAAGCAGCCCAAAUCCACCUUUGCUGAGGACAGAGCUCGGCCACAUGAUAUUAGAUCAGUGUUAACCAUUACUAAAGUGAUCAAUGGCAAAAGGAUCACCACUCGGAGAAUCAUCGAGCAUGGGCAGGAGAGAAUAGAAGUGGAAGAAGAUGGGAAGCUGAAGUCUGUGACCACCAGAAAUUGUAAUGGCACCCUGCACAAGCAUUAG